AUGGACUUCUCCGACUUGUUGUAUCACCAUGCAUUAGCGUUUGAAGAAGCUGCCAGAUUUUAUUACGAUGAAGCAGAAUUAGAGAAAUUGCACGAGGCUCUUAGAGGGAUGAGCAAUGGUCUUGGUUCUGGAGGAAAACUUGUGUUUGUUGGCUGCGGAAAGUCAUACAAGAUAGUAUGCAAAACGGUAGCGAUGCUAACAUCAAUGGGAAUACCGGCUCGUGAUUUGCAUCCAAUCGAGGCCAUGCACGGAGACUUGGGCUACUGUGGACCGGCAGAUGUGUUGGUGUUCUGCUCGACGUCUGGAGAGACGGACGAGGUGAUCCAUCUACUAAGAUACAUGAAAGCGGAAAAUAGCCCAUGGGAGCGCAACUUGAGAAUCGCUGUGACGGGUAACAGACAAUCCACGUUGGCCCAAUCGUGCCAUAACACGAUAAUGGUACCCCAGAGCGACAGAUUCAAGGAACAAACGCUCCAAGCCGGCCUACGGGCUCCCACAGUGUCGACGACUUUGAUGAUUGCAGUUUUAGACUGCAUAUGUAUCGAGCUCAGUAAGCAGUGGUUUAAGAACGACCUUGCAGCGCGAGAAACGUUUUUCAACCAGAGGCAUCCAGGCGGUGGCAUCGGCAAGGUGACUUCUAGCGCCAAUUUGGCGCAACUUGUACAGCCGUCACAAACUACCCCCGAUACCAAUAAUACCCCAACGUUCCAUACAUACGUUGUCAAGCAUGUCUUGACAGAAACGGAAUUUCUAUCGAUACUGAUUACGUACGACUACAUUCAGUUCAACAAUAAAAAUGGUACCCCUACCCUUACCCCUACCUGCCUUUUGCGUGAGGAAUACAAGGGUGCGGUACGCUCGGGAAACCUCUCUGAAUGGUAUGCCCGCUACUUGUAA